UUCCGGUGUGGGUUCUAGGAGGAAGGGAGAGAUGCUGCUGACGGCGAGGGGGCGGGCUGGGGCCACAUUCCUGCACCUGGUGAUCGCUGUCCGCACCAUGGCUGGAGCGUCCACGGUCUCGGUCUCGGUCUCGCUCCCUGAACUCCGGUCACUCCUAACAUCAGGCCGGGCCCGGCUCUUCGAUGUGAGAUCUCGGGAGGAGGCUGCAGCGGGAACCAUCCCAGGGGCAGUCAACAUCCCGGUGUCCGAGUUGGAAAGUGCCCUGCAGAUGGAGCCAGCUGCAUUCAAAGCAUUGUACCGCACUGAGAAGCCAAAGCAAGAAGAUGAGAAUCUUGUUUUCUUCUGUCAAAUGGGAAAACGGGGCUUCCAGGCCACACAGCUGGCCCGGCGCCUUGGAUACACAGGGGCUCGAAACUAUGCUGGGGCCUAUAAGGAGUGGUUCGAGAAAGAGGGUUAGGCAGAACCCUUAUCUCUCCCUCCCACCUUAACAAAGGGUGAUGAAGGAGAUGACUUGCUGGGCUAGGCAACUCCUUUUAGUGCUUUGCACACAGAAACAUUAAUAAAGAACAUUUUAUCAAGUA